AUUACAGAUUCGGCAUGUGUGUUGUUCCCAACCUCGACAUACCCAAUAUGAGUUUUUGUUAUUAAUAGAACUAAUAUUUGAUCCCCUUUAUCAACCUUCAGCCGCAAGAGACACUAUGCACGAUGUCCAGAUACCCAUAUGUUGCGAUCAGAAUUCGAUUCAAUGGGUUACAACGUCUAUGCAUCUGCCACCCAGCUAAUUCCUCUCAUUGGCACAUGAUCAAAUGCUAGUAUAUAUGCAUGGGGUAAUUGGCAUAUCCUCAUGGGUGACGUUUAACUCUUGGCGCCAUAGCGGAUAUUUGAGAACGCCAAAUCGCGAUUAGACACCACGUAAGAAGUCGUGUGUUAACAGUAAAGUCCCACGUGUAUAGCCUUGCGAAAUUACCAGGAGGGAAGAACUGGAUAUAACAAACACGAGCCUUGUCUUGUCCUCUGUCGGCGAACUUGAAGUUUGGGUCAAAACAAUAUCCACGAAGAAUGACGACUAUCUUAUUCACCUACACUCGAAUUGUUCAGCCGGCUGGAGACACCGUAUAAUAAACCGGCUGUACCGGUGAAUAUGUGUACGAAUUCUUUGAAGUUAUUGCGGAAACUAAACAUCCAAACAACAUUUAUAUAAUAGCAUCACGAUAUUACGCACAAGACAACCCGACAUUCCUAUCAUCUAUACCGACCUUUUUUUUCAGCAUGGCUCAGAUUAGUUUCCCUAGCCACGACCUAUAUAAGGUCCUUGGCGUUGAAAAUGACGCUAGUUUAGAAGACAUCAAGAAGGCAUACCGAGAACUCGCAAGAAAGGUUCACCCAGAUAAAGCAGAAGGUGGAAACACGCCGGAAAACAACGCGCGAUUCCAGCAGGUUUCGGAGGCGUGGGAGAUUCUCCGUGACGAGGUUCUAAGACGUUCCAAGCGUCGUAGCCGAAAGGAACGUAGCGGUAGCUACGAAGCGAAGCCUAAUCAUCGCGGGAAGCCUUACUUUGAGGAAUGGGGGCAUGAUAAGCCUAACGGUCCGGAUGAGACCCGUGGUUCUAGAGCGCAUGGAGCCAGACGACGGUCUAAUACCUAUACAUAUUCGUCGCCCCCAUACGACAUGCCAUACCCCUUCGAGUGGCCCGGUACGACGCCGGAGCCACAGCCAGCUCCCGGCGCACAUCAAUAUAGGGCCCACAACCCAAGAGGCCCGCCGCCUCCCUCUGUUAACCUUGCAGACCGCUUAACUGCUAUGCGUAUCAGAGUUGACAUGAGGUCACUCUAUAGUGAUCUCGACGCCAUAGCCAAGGAGAUCCAGUACCUCGCGACGGGCUUCCAUUCGACGCCGUUCAACACCUCGGACAAAGAGCGCCGCCGUUGGGGAAAGCUCUUUAACGAUGCCAAUAGCACCCUUAACGUCGUCGAUGACAUGUACGAUGAUCUGGACAUUUGGGUGGAUCAUAUCGAAACCGGGAGAGGAACGUCGCGGUUGCCAGCUUGUAACUUACCUGCACAAUUCGCCUAUAUCUCCGCCAUCGCCACCAUAAUGAAAUACGCCGCUACGGCAUGUGUCACUAUCCAGGGACUAAUUCUGAGCUCUCCUUACGAGCCGCCACAGCAGUACUUCGACGAUCUGGAAGAACGAAUGAGGAUUAUGAUCACGGCCUGCGGAUCACCGCAGAAACAAAAAUAGAUAGCAUCAACAGGCGCCAUGGAGGCUGGUAGAAGAACAAAAAAAGGA